UUUUACACGAUUUACUUACGAUUUAAAACAAUUUGUAGUUUUAUACUAUAAAAUGGCAACGAUUACAGCCAAUUCUUUAAAUAGCAAAAGAUGGCAUAGUUUGCGUCAUAUAUUAGAAAGGGCUGGACCUUUUUGUAAAUCCGAUUUUACACCAUCGCCAGAUAAUCUAGAGUUUUUGCAAAAUACUUGCAAAAUUUUAGUAAUUGGUGCUGGUGGCUUGGGAUGUGAACUUUUAAAAGAUUUGGCCUUAAUGGGGUUCGGUGAUUUGCAUGUCAUCGAUAUGGACACCAUAGAUUUAUCGAAUUUAAAUCGUCAAUUCCUAUUCCGCAGAUCCGAUAUUGGCUCUUCCAAGUCUGAGUGUGCGGCAAAGUUUAUAAAUAACCGUGUGCCUACGUGUCGUGUUACGCCACAUUUUUGUAAAAUCCAAGAUUAUGAUGAAUCAUUCUACCAGCAAUUCCAUAUCAUAGUAUGUGGCCUUGAUUCCAUAGUGGCGCGUCGUUGGAUAAACGGCAUGUUAUUAUCUAUGCUUAGCUAUAAUGAAGAAGAUGGUUCCGUUGAUCCCUCCACCAUAAUACCCAUGAUUGAUGGUGGCACAGAAGGCUUUAAGGGCAACGCCCGUGUCAUAUUGCCCGGAUUUACGGCCUGUAUUGAAUGUACCCUGGAUCUAUUUCCACCACAAAUCAAUUAUCCAUUGUGCACCAUAGCGAAUACACCACGUCUGCCCGAACACUGUAUUGAAUAUGUGAAAAUUAUACAAUGGGACAAGGAGAAUCCCUUUAGCGCGGCUUUAGAUGGUGAUGAUCCCCAACAUGUGGCCUGGGUUUAUGAACGUGCCAGCGAAAGAGCUAAUCAAUUUAGUAUCGCUGGCAUAACAUAUCGUUUGGUGCAGGGAGUUUUAAAACACAUAAUUCCCGCAGUGGCCAGUACAAAUGCCGUUAUUGCGGCCGCUUGUGCCACAGAAGUAUUCAAAUUGGCCACCAGUUGUUAUGACAGCAUGUCCAAUUAUUUAAAUUUCAAUGAUAUCGAUGGAAUUUAUACCUAUACUUAUGCUGCCGAAAAGUCUGAAAAUUGUUUGGCUUGCAGCAAUGUGCCUCAGAUAAUAAAUAUUGAAGAUCCCAAUACCACAACUUUGGAGGAUUUAAUAAAAAUGCUGUGCGAAAGUCCCAUGUAUCAAAUGAAACAACCAGGCAUUACAACAAUAAUUAAUGGUAAAAAUAAAACUUUAUACAUGUCUACGGUUAAAAGUAUUGAAGAGCGUACGCGCUGUAAUUUGACAGAGUCUUUGGGCGAGUUAGGACUCAAAGAUGGUCAACAAAUAAUGGUGUCCGAUCAGACUACACCAAAUACUAUAACACUACAAUUAAAAUAUAAUGCCAAUGAAGUUGAAAUGAAUUAAAUUCAUAAAAAAUAGUACAGGAAUUUAUAAAAUAAUUAAAACGAAAAACAACAACAUAAAUAAAACAAUUUAAACCAA